CAACUCUAACAAAUUCGAAAAUGGCUGCAGUCAAGCCCGGAAUAACUCGAUAAAACUUCUCCUGAUGAACUCCGAGAUGCGAGCGAUGCCCUGGCUCCGGAGUUCCGAGUUCCUGACUGGUAUUUUCUGUGAAGCGACGAUUUCUAAGUACACCGGUAGCACCAGGAGGUAAUACCAAUACUUGGAGAUCUGGUUUAAUCGCCUGUUCGCUGUAAACAGGUUAUAUAUCAAGCCAAAACUCUCAGCCCAUCGAUCUCAUCCUCCAGGCUUGACGGGCACCCGCGAGAAAUGGGCGCGGUACUUCUCUAUGGUGCCUACGGCUACACUGGUCUCCUUGCAACCGAGCACGCAAUACAAACUGGUCUUGAUGUCGUCCUUGCUGGCCGAACACGUAAAAGACUGCAGGAUCUCGCAUCAAGUCUCAACCUACCAUACCGUACCUUCAACGUAUCUGACAGUGCUGAGGUCAUAGACUCGGUUUUGAGCGGCGUCUCGGUCAUCCUGAACUGCGCUGGACCAUUUCAUCGCACUGCUCUACCUUUAAUGAAAGCCUGUCUUCGCAAUCGCGUUCACUACCUCGACAUCGCUGCCGAGUUGGACAGCUAUUUUCAAGCCGAGGAGCUGGAUCAAGAAGCAAAGCGAGCGGGGAUAAUGCUUCUGCCCGGUUGUGGCGGCAGCGUGGCCAUGCUGGGGUGUCUUGCCCAGCGUGCUUCGGAGCGGAUGGAGUCGCCUGUCCAUGCCACUGUCGCUUUGCACGUAUCUGGUCCCAUGUCGCGCGGAUCGGCCAUAAGUGCACAGGAAGGAGCUAUUGCGGGCGAAAAUUACCCACCUUCUAACCGAAGACGUACGGUGCGAAAUGCCGAGGGCAAUAAGAAUUUUGACUUCGGCGACGGCAGAGGCUUAGUAGAAUGUUUCCCAGCGACGCUGCCAGAUCUCAUCACUAUCAGAAAAUCAACAGGAGCUUCCACAGUCUACGCGUAUGUUCAUGUCUCUGGAAAUUCGUUCCCAGUCGGUGAUCUUGGUGAGCUACCGCUCGGUCCAGAGCUUGAGGAAAGAGAAAGGCACCCAUACCAUGCGGUUGUGGAGAUUCAGGCCCGGAAUGGAAGUGUUGAGCGUGCGGUUCUCCAGACUGUCAAUGGGUACACAUUCACUGCGAUUACUUCUGUCGAGGCGGCAAGGCGAGUUGCAGCUGGGUCUUUCCUUCCAGGAUUUCAGACGCCAGCGGAGAUGUUCUCUGGUAGCUUCUUAGAUUGUGUGGAUGGUUCUGUAAUCAAAGAAGGCGAAUCGUAGGAUGAUCCGGGGAUCAUUCGAG